CUGCCGCCAAAACUGAAGAUGUGACGUGGGCUCUAACUCUAGGGCUCUGGGUGGCGGUAUGCAAUUUUUAAGUUGUUUGCAAUCCGCCAAAACCGAGAGAAGAAGAAGAAGAGGUAGAAGAAGAGCAGCAUGGAGGAGAACAAGGAGACCCCUGGAGCUCAGAAACUGAAAAGAAGAGAGAGACGUCACAGCUGUCAGCAAUGUGACAAAUCCUUUACAACAUCUGGAACUUUAAAUCGCCACCUGCAUAUUCACACUGGAGAAAAACCGUACAGCUGUGAAGAGUGUGGGGAAACUUUCACUAGAUCAGAUGCUCUCAAAAGACAUCACCGUAUUCAUACAGGAGAAAAACCGUACUGCUGUGAAGAGUGUGGGACAACUUUCACUACAUCAGGUGCUCUAGAAUCACAUCACCGUAUUCACACAGGAGAAAAACCGUACAGCUGUGAAGAGUGUGGGAAAACUUUCACUAGAUCAGAUGCUCUCAAAAGACAUCACCGUAUUCAUACAGGAGAAAAACCAUACUGGUGUGAAGAGUGUGGGAAAACUUUCACUACAUCAGGUGAUCUCAAAAUACAUCACCGUAUUCAUACAGGAGAAAAACCAUACUGGUGUGAAGAGUGUGGGAAAACUUUCAUUAAAUCAGGUGAUCUCAAAAUACAUCACCGUAUUCAUACAGGAGAAAAACCAUACUGGUGUGAAGAGUGUGGGAAAACUUUCACUUCAUCAGGUGCUCUCAAAAGACAUCACAGUAUUCAUACAGGAGAAAAACCGUACUGGUGUGAAGAGUGUGGAAAAACGUUCACUUCAUCAGGUGCUCUCAAAAGACAUCACAGUAUUCAUACAGGAGAAAAACCGUACUGGUGUGAAGAGUGUGGAAAAAUGUUCACUAGAUCAGAUACUCUCAAAUCACAUCUUCGUGUUCACACAGGAUUAAAACCAUAGUGGUGGGAGUGUGGGAAAACUAUGAGAGCCAAGCUAGCUGUUUCCUUCUCCUGAUGUCCUGAGAGCUGUAGUUAUAUAGUCUCAUUGAAAUAAAGCUUAUUUCAUUCAAA